AUAAUGUACUAAACACGCAAACCUACCGGAGUAAGAAUGCAGGUAGAUUGGCCAUCUGGGUUUUGCUAAAAUCAUCCUGCUGUUGUUGAAUAACUGUUGAGAGUUGGUCGACUGAACUGUGCCUUGCGCGCUCGUGGCAAACGCUGUGGGAGAUACACCAGAACAGGAGAAAGACUGGCACCAAGGCCAGGUGUGGAACGACCCUCACGAAGCGAUACUAGUACUCGUUGGAGACAAUGUUAGAGAGAAUAAGUCCUUCAGGCUCUCACCAAAGUCGAUCAAUUCACGGAGCAGUGGACCAGUGACUACCGCCACAUCAGCGGUGGUUACCGCCACGGGCACUAGUGGUGUGCCGUUGAAGGAGAAGCCCGAACAUGGCGAACGCUAUCAAAUGCAACGAGAAGGUGGUUGCUCGUAAAAAGCCGCCCAAUGUUGCGGGUGCAACUCCGCGCAGCAAGCGCUCCAUCACCCUAGCAGAACUGGCUGGGUAUCCUAGUCCGCGUCGCUCCUUCACAUCCAGUGGCGACAGUCUGGACGAAACAGAUCAUGGAAGCUUUUCACCGCUGGACUCGCUCCAUGCGCGAUCGCUGGAGGCGCUUCGGGGUUCAACAGGAACGCAGGAGUUUCUUUAUCCAGCGGGCCAUGGGGUUGGCUCGUCUCCGAGUAGCGCUAUGGCGGUCCGAGAAGCUCUUGGUGGCCUGACGAAUCUAGAAGACUUCGACCGCGAGAAGAUAGGCGCUGGGUUCUACGGCGACGUUUAUAAGGUUACACAGAGGUUCACUGGACGGGUGAUGGUGCUGAAAAUGAAUCGGUUCAUUGACCCUCAGAAUCGGGUCCGCAAUCUGACAGAGAUAGAGGUCAUGCGCAACUUGAAGCAUCCGAAUGUACUCAUGCUCAUCGGUGCAUGCAUCUCCGAAGGUAACAUUCAUCCACUUGUUGAGUACGUGAAUGGUGGUAACCUUGAGGAGUUGCUUGGUGAUGAGAAGCGCGAGUUGUCGUGGCUGGUCAAGCUACAGCUGGCAUGUGACAUCGCAGCUGGUAUGGAGUAUCUACAUGGACAGGGAAUAGUGCACCGCGACCUGACCUCCAAGAACUGCCUGCUGCGGGAUUCUCCAGCAGAUGGACUGAUUGCAGUCGUGGCUGACUUUGGACUGGUGGCGAGGUUUGGCAAUGCAGACAAUGGUCGUAGUCCCUGCUUGAGCCGACGCUUACGAAAGGCUAGUUCUGUCGUUGGAUCUCCGUACUGGAUGGCGCCGGAGGUGCUCAACGGGAAAUCUUACAAUGAGAAGGCCGACAUCUUCUCCUACGGGAUUGUCAUGUGUGAGGUUAUAGCGCGAGUCAAUGCAGAUCCUGACAUACUUCCACGCACUAGCGCAUUCGGUUUGGAUGAAAACGCUUUCGGCAAGAUGUGUGAUGACCUGCAGUGUCCUGACGCCUUUCUGGGUAUAGCAUUUCACUGCUGUCAGAUUGAUCCAGUGGAGCGGCCUGAUUUCGAGGAAGUGCACCAGCAGCUGGAGGAGGUGCUGUGUAUCAUGGAGGACGAGCACAUAGAAAUAAACAGCGAUGAUGCUGCUAGUCAAGAAGAACAUUCUCCUCCGUUACUGGAUAGACCAGCACCUGCUUCACCCAGUACAUCAGCACCGUGUGGAGAGGAUGUACCCGAUUCGGGUAGACCAUCUCCCGGCGUAACAGCCGAGCAACCACAGCCAACACGUCGCAGACUGGUUCACAGAAAAACACAAUCUUUCGGCGGAAAGGCCCAUUCCCUGCAUGAAGACACUAUGAAAACGCACCCAGCAGCAAUCGUUCACACCACCACCACUAAUUCACUAACUCUGCCAAUAAUUCCCGAUGUCGAGAGAAGCCGCAGCGUGCCAGGAUCCCCUCGACUCUCUCCUGCCAUCUCGCCCAGGCGACAGUCGCUGCGUUUCCGCGUCCACACCGACUCGAUAUCCACGCCGUCCAGGUGUGUUGAUGCCCUGCGCAUGCUCAGGCAGCGCCAUCGCAAGCGGCCGGAAAGUGAGUCGGACGACUCGCUGGCAUCACCACCGCCACCGCUGGCCCUGACCGCGGCAUCGUCGGACAGCGCCACGACGACGGAGAAAGCCGACGACGUCAUCACAGAUAUGCAGACCACGCCCGACAAGCUGGCAAAGAAAACAGAUAAGUCUCUCACCCUAUAGCACAGGUGAGGAAGCCCCCCAGCCCUAGACCAGUCUCGUCUCUGGACAGCAGCAUAGCACUGUGUUGUAUUAGCCGAUGCCUGGCCCCGGGGCUCAAUGUCCUAGUGAAGCAGCUCCAACCGUCCUAUUGCAGAUCUACGCCUGGAGUCUCCGGGCAGACCAUCACACCAGACCAUCAUAGCAGAUUCGUCUUGUUUCGUGGAGACGUUUGCUGCGCAGUCACCAUCUCUUCCGUUAUCUAUUCCUCUAAGUCGUAAUACCAGCACAUGUCAAGACUGAGCUAGGCAGUCUAGUGGCCGUCGUCUUCUUCGACUUACUUAGCAAGAUUGUUGUCUUGUCAGCACUGCGUGUUGUUGGUCACACUACUGACCAAGUUGUCCCUGCAUGGCAGCUUCACCACGGCCCAGUUCCACGAUUGAGUUUGGGCCAGUGGCUAUGCUCUCUGUUGACAGUAACGCCUCCUAGGGUGCCAUGCCGUUAGACAAGCGCACGUUAUUUAUAUCGGUUGAGAAGCUUCUUUAUUUUCUUUUUCACUGUGUGCUUGUUGACGAUCUGUGUCGUAUCUAAUUCAGUUAUUGUCUCAGGAGCUUUACUGUUAUAAUCAUGUCUUAUUCGUCGCUUUUUCCAUUUCUUUUUUGAGGCCGUUGACUUAUUGAUGCAACCUUUGCCCCUGUCCGCGUAAAUUCCGUGGCUAUACUAAAUAACUAUGACGCCAGAUUCCCCAGAUGUUUUAUCACCCUGUAUAGCAGUCCUCCCCUGUCAAUCAUGUAUAUUAUUCAUUCAAUACCAGCAGCUGCUGGCUUGGUCUUGUAAUACAAUCGAGUACUUCAGAGAAAGAAAAGUCUACUUGCAUUGUACGAUAGAUUUUCCAAACGAAGGUAGGUUCGCAAGCACUCAUGCACGAGUGCCUUGUUGACUGGAUGUGUAAAA